AUGCCAGAGCCUGAAAAUGUACAGCUCCCGCUCCGGAACCCAUUUCAAAGCUCGCGCUCCACACAGCCACCGUUUGCUACCCCUUCCUUCACUGCGACGCCACGGUUUCAACGACCAACUCCAAGGAUAAAAGAUGAUAUACAGGCGAAUUUUGACGAGGGGACAGACCCGGCACUGUUGUCGAAUGAUGACUUUAACAUCAGCCGUGGAGAUAUAAUCGACCUCGAUGAUGACGUGGAUCACGGCGCUCUCUCGCCGCUAUACAGCCGAGGCGCUCGGGCAGCAGACCACGAGCAAGACCACGUCGAGAGUGAAGCAUCACCUCUGCAGUAUCGACUUCGGAAGUCUGCUCCAGCCACGAAACGACGGAAGGUGUCCCACCCUGGCCCUGGAGCUAGCGUUAUUAAACCCGUUGCUAUUUCUUCCUCACCAGAUGAUGACGACCCUGGGGAUGUUAGUUACCAAGCUGGCGACAAUUCUCCCUCAUCGCAAUCCGAUCUAGACGAUAACCUAGGCCGGAGUACAGGGCUAGCGACGAUUAACGAAUCGAGCAAGAUUGCCCGUUUCAGGCCCAUCGCUCAAGGAGUUAGUCCCCCUAGCCCUGUUUCACGGACCAUUUUUAAAGUAGUUCCGGAAGACCAAACACAUGGAUCGGGUGGAAGGGGACCUGUUUUACCGGAUAUAUUCUCGCCCUCGCGCCGCAAAGGCAAGAGGGACUAUAUUCUCGGGGGCAGUGCGCAUCUGGUCAGAAGCUGGGUCCUGGAUAUUGCAACUCAAGAAUCCCAUGCCGAAUCGCUUUCGGAGGAAAUUCUCCUGAUAGCAGAAGUCGAGAACGACGCUAGUGGACGUUUUGUUGUGGUGUCUGAUGAGAAAGCUCGACGGUGGCUCCUACCAGAGCAGCAGCAUGAGAAAUCAAGUAGAAGCUCCAGCUUCUUCGACUGGUCUGAACUUCGCCCCGGAUCGCAGGUCCUCAUCAAGGGCCGAGCUACCAGGUGGCCUCUCGACCUCGAAUCCCAAGGUUUGGAGAAUGUGGUUGUUGCUGCAUACUGGGAGCUUGUCUCUGCUGGUUGA